UUAUUUGCACGUUUCAAUGAAGUGCGUAUGUGUGUGCGUGUGUUUGUGUGUUCUUGGAAAACUCUCAAAACUCACGCCUCACGCCAUCUUUAUUACAACGCAGCAUAAACAAGAUUUUCCUCAAUAUAUUCUUCAAGAAUGUUUCCGUACCUUCUUGUGGGCUUGUUUCUGGGGUCAUGCCACUGCAGCAAGGAAGGCGGUGUAACAUUGGGACGUCCAAAGUUAUUUGGCCCUUCAUUGGCCUUGGUGAAUGACGUUGCCGACUUUAAUUGUCUUCUGUUGAUCUACCCCGAGAAUCAAACUAUCCUACUGGAGUUGUACAAGGAGGGAAACCGGAAUAAGUUGCUGGGGUUCUAUAGUUCCCCGGAUGGGCAGGUUGCAUCCUUCCCCAUCGUAAUCAGAACGUUUCAUGAGGGCAACCUGGAGUGCGUUGCCAGAGCGCAGAACAAUUCUCAGGUCGAGCCCUCUGUCAGCAAUACACACUACCUCAAGGUCGUAGAGCCAGUUGCAGGUGCAAAGGUCAUCAUCGAAUCGGAUGCAGAGGAGUUCUUUGAGGGGAGAUCACUGGAGCUGAGGUGCACUCUUACAGCUGGAAAUCAUGUCUCUUACAAAUGGCUAGUAAAUGGGAAGGCUGUCAUACGGUCACCGCUCCACAACGUGGCAAAGGACCAGCUUUUCAUCUACAGAACCACCUCUGCAGACAGCGGCGUAUACAUGUGUGUCGCUACUAAUCACUACAACACAACGAGAAUCUUUACAUCCGAUAGCCCUGAAGUGAAAAUCACUGUCAAAGACACGGUGUCCGACCCUGACAUUUCUUUCAAGGUGCUGAAGGAGAAUUCCAACUAUUUUGCUCUGGUCACCUGCCAGUCAACCAGAGGGACGCUGCCCGUCAGCUUUUCUCUCUACAACAGAACAGAAUUGGCUUUCAAUACAACAGUUGAAGCGAGAAAAGUAAACUUCAAGGUUCCAUUGGUUUUGGACAGACACUUGGGAUGGCUCCAGUGCCGGGCCAAUAAUGGCGAUCAGGUUGCACACAGUCGGCGGUUGCCCUUGCAAGUUGUGAGGGUCGGUGGGCCAGUGAUGAUGCACUACGACUACGAAAUUGGACAAAACUAUGCUGUGAUUGGCCUGAGGUUCUACUGCAAGGCAACAAAGGGAUCUCAUCCACGGUACCGGUGGUUCCUCAACCAAACUCUUCUCCAAGGUCGAGGAAGCUUUUACCACAUGGUCAAUCAGCCACCGGACCAGUCCAUCCUCCUGGUGUCCGUCGGGAGUAGCAGUGCAGGGACGUAUCAUUGUGAAGCGUCAGACAUCUUUGACAACACCACUGCCAUCAGCAGCCAAAAGCAGUACAUAGACAAAAAGGUGCUCAAUCGUCUCCCCGUUUCUGUGGUGGCCGUUGUCUUUGGAUGUUUCACUUUGUUGGUUGUUCUGGUCUCUUGUUGUUGUUUCGUUGGAUUGUUUUUUAGGAGAAGAAAGAGUGGAGAGGAGUCCUUGGUGAGCCAGGAGACAGAGAAAUUUGCUGCAUACGAGGACUCCCUAAAUCUACGCUUGCAGGCAAUGUCAGAGUAUCAUGAGGACAGUGAUGUCGUAAGGUCAGCCAGAUGUGAUGAAUUAGAUUGGGAAUCACAAACUUCUGAAGAUGAUGAGAUCUGAUGAGCCCUGAGAGAGCAAACUGCUGUUUUUUCCUAGGGUUUUUUUCGCCUUUUUUUUUUCACAACAAAGUGUUAGCUCAAGGGAACGUGUGCUUCAGCGUCAAAAGGAUCCGGAUUUGAAUGUUAGCUCAGGCCUUUCUCGGUGGAGUCAAUUGGUAUGUUAAGCCUGCUUUUGAGGGUGCGGUGUAGUAAAGUAUGAAGUGCCCAACAUCCCCCGCCGACCAAGUGCCCCCCUAUCGGAUGUGUUCUGGCACCCAUAAACUUCUGAUCCUCUAAUCGCCCCUGGUGGAGCCACAGGGUAAAUUAUAAUAAUGGCAAACAAAAAUAAUUUUGUUGGGCCUUGGGCACAAAAUAAUGGUGUCCUACAAACUCCUAACAGCAACAAGUUGUUCGCACAAAUGUGUCCAUGUGACCAUAAAACAGAAUUAGAGCUGUUUUGUUCAUGAGGGUAGCUGUUUGCAAGCAGACAGGGACCAUUUGUUGUCUCUCUGUCACCUUAGCACAUUAUCUCUAACGGAGAAAUGGGAAAGAAAUGAAAAUUCUGAUCUCGCAGUAGCAGAGACUAGCAGAGGCAGAAACUAAUCUACAUAUUUUUCCUUUAGAGGUUUGCCACAUUGCCGUGUGUCGCAUAGCAGAGUUCAUACGGCUUGAUCAUUACUACAAUAUAUUGCCUGAAAAAACAUGUGCAUGAGUCACACCCGCUAAUGGAGCUUGGCUCAUGAGUUAGAUGCAAUUGUGAGAUGUUUGCAACUGCACUGAUGUAUAUGUACUUUACUGUAAGCACUAAGCAGAAAAGUUUGUGUUUGUCACUUUGUGGUGUGAAACUGUAAAAUAGUAUCAGUGUGUCAUUAAAAAAAUGUCUGAACAUAAUCCUGUUUUUAAAAAUGUAUAAAAAUAUGCUGCACACAA